UCUCUCUCUCUCUGCGUGUGCAGAUAUAAUCUAGCAAAAAUGGCAACACCAACUUAUAUAAAAAAGAACCUAACGGUCCUCAGGUUUCUCACAGUGAUUUUCUUGAGCUGUAUUGUCGACCAAAACAACCUUUGUUCCAACUACCCUUUUGUCUCCACAAAAAUUUCUUCUCAUUCGGGUUCCUCGAUGAUCCCUUCAUCACUGAAACAGCUAAGUCUUGAUGGGUAUCUGAGCACCAAAAACAUUGACCAUGCAGCCAAUGACUUUGGCAAUAUAUACCAUCACCUGCCAUCUGCAGUUCUGCAUCCUAAAUCAGUUUCCGAUAUUUCCUCUAUUAUCAAGCAUGUUUUUGGCAUGGGCCCCACGUCUGAGCUCACGGUCGCGGCCAGAGGCCAUGCCCAUUCCCUCCAAGGUCAAGCACAAGCAAAUCAAGGGGUGGUCAUCAACAUGGAAUCACUUCAUCAAGAAAUGCAUUUCCAAACCGGGAAAUUCCCUUAUGUGGAUGUUUCUGGUGGAGAGCUAUGGAUAAAUAUACUACAUGAGAGUCUUAAGCAUGGGCUUGCACCAAAAUCUUGGACUGACUACCUACAUCUCACCGUCGGGGGAACUUUAUCCAAUGCUGGAGUCAGUGGGCAGGCGUUCCGGCAUGGCCCACAGAUAAAUAAUGUGCAUCAGCUAGAGGUUGUCACAGGGAAAGGAGAGUUGAUUACCUGUUCAGAGAAACAGAACGCUGACCUCUUUAACGGUGUUCUUGGAGGGCUUGGACAGUUUGGUAUUAUCACCCGGGCAAGAAUUUCUCUGGAACCUGCACCCUUGAUGGUAAAAUGGAUAAAAGUGCUUUACUCGGAGUUUUCCAGCUUCACAAAGGACCAAGAGCAUCUGAUAUUGUCUGAGGAUGCUUUUGAUUACCUAGAAGGUUUCGUCAUAAUAAACAGAACCGGCCUCCUUAAUAACUGGAGAUCUUCCUUCAAUCCCAAAGACCCUGUUCAAGCAAGUCAAUUCCACUCGGAUGGAAAAACUCUCUUCUGCCUAGAAAUAGCCAAAUACUUCAACCCAGAUGAGGCCGAUAGAGUGAACCAGGAAAUCGAUAGAUUGUUGUCGGAAAUGAGUUAUAUUCAGUCCACGCUCUUCCUUUCGGAAGUCUCCUAUGUGAAUUUCCUAGAUAGAGUUCACAUAUCAGAGUUGAAACUGCGAGAGAAGGGAUUAUGGGAAAUCCCUCACCCAUGGCUAAAUCUUCUCAUUCCAAGAAGCAGAAUCCAUGAAUUUGCGAAAAUGGUAUUUGGCAAAAUUCUUACGGACUCCAGCACUGGUCCAAUACUCAUCUACCCAGCCAACAAAUCCAAGUGGAACAAUAGAACAUCUAUGAUCACCCCCGAUGAAGAUACUUUCUACCUAGUUUCAUUCCUAUCCUCUGCCAUGCCAUCUUCGACUGGAAAAGAUGGGUUAGCACACAUUUUGACCCAAAACAAAAGAAUCCUAGAGUUUUGCGAAACAGCCAGACUUGGGGUGAAGCAAUAUCUUCCACAUCACAAAACUCAAGAGGCGUGGCGAAACCACUUCGGGCCACAAUGGGAAAUUUUUGUUAAGAGGAAAUCCAUGUACGACCCUUUAGCAAUCCUAGCUCCAGGCCAGAAGAUAUUCCAAAAAGGAAGAGCCAUUUCAUGAGACUGACCUCUACAAUAAACCCCAUCGCAGACAGCCACAAGCCACAUGAACAAAACGCUUGAAACUACGAAUAUCUCUGCUCACAUAAAGAGAAGGUGCGUAUGGAAAAUACAAUGCUCGUGCGCUGUGGGUUUCCUGACAAUUGCAAGUAAUAUGACUGCACUAGCAAGGCUUUUUUUGUUUUUUUGUUUUUUAUCGGCGAAGGCUGUGUUAGUUGGCACUUUGUUCUUGAGAGUAAUACUCCAUUCCAGUCAUCUAAUCGGAAUACCUUGUUGUAGAAUUAUGAACAGCAGCAUCAAUAUGAUAAAAGUUCUAUUCACAAGGAGCGAUGCCAUGCUUCCAC